UGACAGCAUUAAAAACUAGAUAAUACACACAUUUCAUGAAUAGUACUAUAUAGCAUAAGAUUGUUAAUAAUAGUUGUAUGUAAAGGAAGCAAGGAAAGUACAGAGGGAUAGAGGAGAGAGAGAAGGAAUAUUGUUGAGUGAGAAAAUAAAAGGAACAAAACUAGGGCUUCCUGAAUACUACUUGUUUGCUUCCAUCUUCAUCUCCGGCCUGUAGCUGUUCAGCUCCCUGGAUAUUUCUUCAUCUUGGUUGUUUCUCCUUUUCCUCGAAUUCUUCAAAGCAGGACAAGAUAGUGGAAGCACACACUUAUUUCAAACAAUAAAAAAGAGGAAGAAAGAAGCUGCAUCAGCAGCAGCUGAAGAAGGACAAGAUCUAAAGGCUAGAUCGAUCUUAAUUACCUAUAUCUAAAGAAACUUAGAAAGGAAAACAAUCAUGAGUGAUGCAUUUCCUUCAACGCUUUUCUUUGGAAUGAAGAAUGAAGAUCAGAAUUUCAUGAGACAACAACAACAGCAAAAACAAUUUUCUUCCGUUCCAAGUUCUUCAACAACCCCAACUGGUGCGCCGCCACAAAAGAAAAGAAGAAACCUACCCGGAGCACCAAAUCCAGACGCAGAAAUAAUCGCACUAUCGCCUAAGACAUUGGUGGCUACAAACAGAUUCAUAUGUGAGGUGUGCAACAAAGGGUUCCAAAGGGAGCAAAACCUACAGCUCCAUAGAAGAGGGCACAACCUCCCAUGGAAGCUAAAGCAGAAAAACCCUAACAAAGAGGUGAGGAGAAAAGUGUAUCUUUGCCCCGAGCCAACUUGCGUUCACCACGACCCUUCUCGAGCCCUAGGUGACUUGACCGGAAUCAAGAAACACUAUUUCAGGAAGCAUGGAGAGAAAAAGUACAAGUGCGACAAAUGCUCGAAAAAGUAUGCAGUGCAGUCAGAUUGGAAAGCCCACAAGAAAACUUGUGGCACGAGGGAGUACAGAUGCGAUUGUGGUACGCUCUUCUCGAGGCGCGACAGCUUCAUUACCCACAGAGCAUUCUGCGACGCUCUAACUCAAGAGAGCACCAGGCUCCCUUCCAGCCUAAGCACCAUCGGAAGUCAUCUCUUUGGGAAUAGCACCAACCCACUUAACACAAGCUUCAAUCUUUCUCACCAAGUUAUCAACAACCAAGCAUUGCCCAUGAUUCAUGAUCAGAACCACCCAUUAACUCUGGGUGGAUCUAAAUAUGAUCAUCUCCUCCCCUCAUCAAACCCUUCAUUGUUUUCAUUGUCUUCAUUGUCCCAAAUGAAUCAAGAUGCAGCCUUCCACAGCCUCAUGCAGCUCCCACCUCAGCACCUUCAGGCCAGCAACAAUGUGCCAACAAAUCUUCUAAACCUUGGUUUUAAUCCAACCAACAUGUCUUCAUCUCUAGGUGGCUUCUCGAUCCACGAACAAUUAUUCAACAACAAUAACCUCGGGGCAGAUUCGAUGUUUUCCAACAACAGCAUGGCUGAAAUGGGCAUAGGAGCUUCAGGACUUUCUCCUAUGUUUGGAAACUCGAUGAUGCAACCUCAAAUGUCGGCCACUGCUUUGCUUCAGAAAGCUGCCCAGAUUGGAUCUGCCACAAGUGGGAAUGGAUCCUCUGUUUUGAAGGGUUUGGAACCUACAGAAAACCAGCUGGAGGGAUUAAUGAGUUCUCUUGUAAGUGGUAAUAUUAGUAUUGGGAAUAGAAACGUUGAUGAGAAUAAGAUGACAUUGGACUUCUUGGGAGUUGGUGGUGGAGGUGGCAGAAACAGGGGUGGUGUUGGACUUGAGAUGGGAAACUUUGGGGCCAAAGGAACAACAAAUUCACAUGCAAGUCGUGUGUUUGAUGCUCAAGAAUUGUUGUGAAGAUUGAGAAGAUCAUUUGGCAGUAAACAGACAUGAAUAUUACUAGUAAAAAAUUUACCUUACAUAUGCUGAAAGUUUACUAACCAAACUCUGUUUUUGUUACACCCAUACUUUGUUUUCCACUCUUUAUUACUAUUUUGUUUUUGGUUGAA